GGAAAUGCUGUGAUUUACUCAGCGACGGUUACAGUUAGCACGCUCCGCCCUUUGUCUUUGCUGUUGGGGGCGGCGCGAGCUCUUGGAACCUGAGUUUCCGGGAGACGCGCGAAAUUCGAACGUUCGCUCGGGAGCGCGAAGUUUGAACUCUGGUGCCCGGGAUUAGAACGUUAGCCCGGGAGGAAUUCAAACCGCCGGUUGAUGGGAGGCGACCCGCCCCCGGAGCCCAAGGGCUCCGAUAUCCAGGAAAAAAUCAACUUUGAGACUCGGAUGCAGGAAGGGAUCUGCAAACUUCUUGUUGCCUCCACCCAACGGGAUCAGGUGCUGCGUGCUGCGAAAAAUCUGAUAACCUGUAACACUCGAAUUCUUCACUAUAGAGCUGAGUUACAGAGACGUACAGAGGAACAAACCCUGCCCAAAGUGACAGGGAGGUUGUCAGACACUGAGAUUAAACAGCAUUCAGCAUGUUCUGGAAAACUGGCAAUAUCUGAUAUUCGAAUUCCGUUAAUGUGGAAAGACUCUGAUCAUUUCAACAACCGGAGCAAGAGCCCACGUUUUGCUGUGUUUUGCCUGAUGAAGAUUCAUACUCAGAUUUUUGACACUGAGAUGGUUAUUGUGGAUAAGACUGUUACUGACAUCUGCUUUGAGAAUUUGAUGAUCUUUGAUGAUGUGAAGCCAGAGUUCGAGUUGACUUUGGAAGUAUACAGUUCCUGCAUGGAGGAGGGGACUUCUAUUAUCAACACUCCCAAGAGACUGGCCCGAAAACUCAGUACCUCUCUCAGCAGAUCAACGGGAAAGAGACUCUCAUCUGCACUGGAGAAAGGAGACCUUGACUCCUUCCUACGUGCUAACCCAGUAGCUGGUGGUACCAAAUAUUACCUCCUUGCAGAAGCCACACUUAAACUUGAUGAUGUUGAAGACAACUUCCGAACACACUGUCUCACCAUCCUGGGAAAUGAGGAAUCAUCUUUUUGGUUGCCCUUAUAUGGAAAUUUGUGCUGCCGAUUAGUAAUUCAACCAGCAUGCAUGACCAUGGACAUGAUGACUGGGUACCUUAAUCUGGAGCAAAUGGUAGGAGGCCUGUCUAACUGGACAAGGCUAUACUGUGUCCUGAGAAGUGGCUAUCUCACGGCAUAUUACUCUCCUGAAGAAAUCGAGGCACGAGUGGAUCCCACGUUGAAAAUAGCCAUUGAUAAGGAAACAAGGAUCCGUGCAGUAUGCAAAGGUUCAAGGAUAAGGACGUACAGCUUCUCUCUCAUCAACCCCUCCAGUGGUGAGACAAAAAGUCGCGUGUUUGCUGCAGACUGUAAAGAUGAUCUACAACGGUGGAUGGAAGCUUUUUGGCAGCAUUUGGGUGACCUAAGCCAGUGGAAGCAUUGUUGCAAAGAGCUUAUGAAAAUUGAGAUUAUGUCACCACGGAAACCACCUUUAUUCCUCACAAAACAAGCCACUUCAGUCUACGAUGAUAUGAAUGUGCAGUCUCCACAGAAAGAUGAGAGUCUAGUGGACAUUAUCCGGACUAGAAUCCAGGAGACCGAUGGAGAGUUCUUGCUCACUAAGCAGGAUCUAACUGAACCCCCUCAGUGGGCAGCCCUGUUUGAUGGCAGCCACAAUAUGGUUGUCCAGAGGAAUGUUCUGACACCAAAUGGUAGCAGCAAGCUUGCUCUGACAUCACCAGGAAAAGCCAAGAAGAGGCCGGCACCCUCUCCACCCGUGGGAAAGCAGCCAUUCCACCUAGGGGCCCCCCACCCAGAACAGUGUCAGAAAAAGAACACCUGGAGAGUCGCAGCUCUUUCUGAUGUAAGGUCUGAAUUGCCUACCUCCCUGGAUGAUACAAUAGUCCUGGCUCCUCCUGGACAGUGUGCAGCCGAUGAAGUCCAAGGUGAAAAUGUAGCCCAGGUAGUAACCAAGUUGGACCAGCCUAAUACACCUGUACCUGUUCACAGUCAGAAAGGAUCCAUUAAAGCAAAGCUUGAUCCCAGGACCUGGGUUCUGUCUCAAAUGUAAGAUGUGAGAUGGAUUUCUUAGUACCUGGAAACGGUGGGAAAUGCAGAUAGUUUCUCUUUUACAUUGUAUCUCUUUAGGAUUUCUUGGGUAGAUAUCACCAUUUGGGUUUAAUAUGGCCUAUCAAGAAGCCAGUCAUCCCCCUAAGUUGUUAGAAUUUUUUGCCAGUUAUUAUAUUGUCAACAUCUGUCCUAGCAUAGUUAGCAAAAACCUCAGUGCUGUUUCUCCUGUACUAAAGUAAUUUAAGGGAAUUUUUGUCUAACUUUCUUUCCCAUGCUAACUUUAAUUUGAGCAAAAGGUUUUUUUGCAGCUAAAAUAGUGUUAACCUAGGCACUGAAUAGUUUGGCGAGGAAAAUGAAUUCAAAUAGUUGAUUUGUUUUCUGAACUUCUCUAUGUUUAUAUAGCAGUAGACGGAAUUCGAAAGAUUGUGUAUUUUGUUUGCAUUUAAUUUUUGGAAACUGCCGUCAGCUCAAGAGGAUCCCAGAUUUCUUUGACCAGUGAUGUUUUGUUGCUUUGAUUUUGUUUUCAAUGCUGGGCACGAUUAUUAAAGCAAUAAAAUAGUUCAGCUGGCAUGAGCAGUUUUAUUACUGGUUAUUAAUCCGUAACUGAAGUUUAAAUGAAAACUUUACAAAAUGAAGCUUUAUAUCUCCUCUACCCCUCCCAAUUUAAAAAAAUUUCCUAAUAUUUUUGGAAGAAAGACAUGUAUUUAACUCAUUUCUCAUCCUUCAGAUGACAUGGUGUGUUUUAUUGCAAAUCAAUAUUUUGUAAUGUUGGUAAUGGAGGAUCUCAUUUGGACACAGCAGACUCGCACAAAUGGCACUGUGAAAAUGAACAGAUAGUCUGUCGAGGAAUAAAUAUUGACCAGGACUCCGGGGAGAACUCUCCUGCUCUUCAAAGUAGUGGUUUUCAAGUUCUACUGAAGAACCCUCAACCCAGCCAAAACAUGUCAUCUUUGAGAUUGCUGCACUCCCUCAGUACUGAACUAAAAGUGUCAGCCUGGAUUAUGUACUUAAACUUCUGGAGAAUAAUUGAGCCCAUUGCUUUAUUCAGUCAUGGAGUGAUGUUAGUGCUUGGCCAGCACUUGUUUCUGAAUCCUCAUUGCCAUUGAGAAGAUAGUGGUCAACCACCUUCUUGAACUGCCAUAGUCCAUAUAUUGUAGAUAUAUCCUGUUAGAAAGAGGGUUCCAUGAUUUUAACCCUGUGACAGUGAAGAAACAGCUACAUAUUUCCAAGUCAGAAAGUUGUGUAACUUGGAAGGGAACUUGCAGGUGGUGGCGUUGCCCUUCUCCUUGGUAGCAGAGGUCACCAGUUUGGGACAUGCUGUUUAAGAAGUGACAGUAAAAGCUAUAAAUUAUAACUGGCACCUCUAAUACUUUGUAUGUAUUGAAAUGCUCUACUCAUCCACCAAGGGAGGAAUUGUGGCACAGGGUGUAAUGCCCCAGCAUUUAAACCAGAAGCUGCAGGUUCAGUUCCUCCUCCAGGACCUGUUGGCCAUGGUAAGAUCCAGAGAACCGGUUAAUAACCCUUCCAACCUACCCAUGACAGUUGAUGUCUUCAAGCUUCAACUUCUUGUCUCUCUUUCUGUCAACAUGCAGUCCAUUAAGAGAGAGAGAGAUGCCGAUGGCUCUUUGCAGACCAUGGCUACUUUUUGGCAGACUUAUCAUCUGUUUUACUCAGCCUGUGUGUGCUGCCCUCUAUUUUGAAUCUCUCAUCUUAGCUUUCCGUUUAACUGCUAAAUCAAAUCCAAAGGCAUGAAUUCCAGCAAUCUGAAGCUGUGAUUUUUUUUUUUUGUUUUUGAAGUGUCAGGUACUGAAUACUACUGAUCACAUCUGUCAAGGCCUACCGCAAGGUUUAUGCGAGUCUCAGCACCAGCUCGAAGAGCAAUGUGUAGCUCAGGUUGAGGUUCUGAAUGUAGGUUUG